AUGGCCAGGUUGAGCCCCCAUGGUGUUACGACCAGCAAUGACGAGAGCGACGAGAUACCCCUUGAGGACAUCGAGAUUGCUAGAGGCAACGAUCACGGUGCUGACACGGAGGAGCAAGGAGCUCGUCGUCUCACGUUUGACCCUCGUGAUCUAGAAGACCUGGAAGGCCUGGAGACCGACGAGCAAGUCGGAGAUCUCAACCUUCAGGAGUUUGUGAAGCUGGCGAGCAAGGACGCAAAGUUGCUGUACAAGUCCAUCGACAAGCUGAAGAAGUCCUGUGAACGGAAGCUGCAGACUAAGGACGACGCGUUGUCUGCUCUUAUCGAUGAACGCGAUGAGUUACAACAAGUUCUCGAGCGAAUGACGAUCCGCUUCACCAAUAUGACUGACUCCGGUGCGGCGCCGUCCAGUUACAAAGGACCAAAAAUCCCUGAUGGCAAGAAGCUGCGGGAUGGCAGCAACCCUCGCUACGAAUCCUGGAAGACCGACGUGCGUGGAAAGCUACGUGCCAUGAAGCACCAAUUCAAUACUCCUGAAGCACGUAUCCUUUACGUUAAGUCCAUGUGCGAAGGUGACGCGGCGGAUCACCUUAUGGCGCGUAUGCGAGACGAUGCGGCGGACCCUUACCUCGACUCUGACGACAUGUUCGAGCACCUAGGUACGGUUUAUCUCGACGCGAACCGUGAGAUCAAGGCCAAAACUGAGUUCCGUCAACUCGUGCAGAAGACGAUGCGCUUUCAGACCUUCCUCUCGAAGUUCAAUUUGCUCGCUUUGGACGCCAAGAAGGCUCGCUCCAAGUGGAAAGAGGAGCUCUAUCAUAAGCUUAACCUUGAGAUGAAGCGUGCCAUGAUACGUGAAGCGAAAGAUCCCGCCUGUCAGUACAAUGAUUUCGUCAAAGAAUGUAACCUUGUGGCCAAUCGUUUAGAGCAAAACGCUAAGGAGGAAAAGAGCUCUGCCAAGGAAGCUAAAGACGCGAAGGAUGGAAAGGCUUCUAAAGACGACAAGACCAAUAAGUCAUCAACCGGACAAGGAGGUGGAAAGAGUGCUGCGAAGGCACCUAGGGUUCAUCUCUCUGAGGAGGAAAAAGAGCGGUUGAAGAAGGAACAGCUGUACUUCAACUGUAAGCAGCCAGGUCACAUCAACCGUAACUGUCCCUUGCGCAAGAAGCCUAUUGUUGAUGUCAAGAGUGUUGAGGAGUCGGAAACCGCUGUCGUCAACCAGGGAAACGACGAGGCCUAG